GUGAGUGUCGUAAGGGAAUGGGUAGAGAUGAGUAGCCAGCAGAGAGGUAUUUCUUUUGGGGAAAAUAGGGAAGAACAAUCUUCUGAAGUUGGUAACCAAGUUGAAUGUGUUCGUGAUGGAUUGGCUGUCAAUCAGAAUGAAGGUCAAAGUGAACAUAUAUCACGAAGAAGAAUUCGUAAAUUACGUGGUCGACAGGUUCUGCUUGAUAUGCUAAAGAAGGGUGAGAUGGAAAGGCAAAGAGAGGUUCAGGAAUUGUUGGAACGUCGGGCUGUAUCUCAUUUUCCCCAUCGCAAUCGCAUUCAGGCCUUGCUUAGAGGCAGAUUUUUGAGAAAUGAUAGACCCGUUGAUAAUAACAGGUCCACUUCCAUUGCAGAAAGUGAAUUAGGCUUAUUGAGACAAAAACAGACUGUAUCAUGUCUAAGGGAAGGAUUUUCUUUUAGAAAGGACAAUUUGGGUUACAGUCAAGCAGCAAGUAACCUAUCUGAUACCUUAUCUGACAGUGAUAUUGAUGUCAAUACAAUUGAACAAACUGGAGCUACCAGUUCACAAGUGGUCCCCUCUGUACAUUCUGAACAGUUAAAGCCUAAUAAUAAUGGAAGUGACAGCCUUGGGAUAUCAUGUGCUCAUGAAGAAGAAGAAGAAACAAGAAAUUGGGAAUCGACUUCCAAUAUCAGGGUUGAAAGAAGAGAUGACACUGCACAAAAUGUUGAUAUAAUGCCAACGGGACAUACUGGUAAUGACCUUACCCAACAAAGCUUGCAAAUUGAAGUUACGGUGCAUAGCAAUAUGCAAGAACAAGAACCAAGAGAGGUACAUACCGAGCAAUUUCUGCUGGGUGAUACAACUGGUGAUGAAAGCAAUGUAUCAAAUCACCACGACCAUGUAGGGGGAAAUAUUGUUGAUAAUGGAGACUCGGUUGUAUCUGUUUCUCUGGAAAGAGAGGAACAUGAAGAAACUAUUAUUGAAAAUGAAGGAAGUAACUGGCAUCAAACUAACGAAGAGCGGAGAGAUAGCCCCCAGGAAAGUGUGGAUGAUAAUCAGCACAGUAGCACAUCAAAUGAAUGGCCCCAAAACAUCUUAGGAAAUGAUGAUGAAGAAAAUUCUCGUCUGCAAGAGCAAGUAGAAGCCUCUGAAGUGUGGCAAGAAGAUGGUAGUUUUCAAGAGGCUGUGGAAAUUUGGUUGGGAGGGCCUUCUGAUAAUGAAGUACCUCCAGUUGGUAGAAUUCAUGGAUUCUAUUUUCCAGAAGAUGACAAUGUGUACAGUGUUGAACUCAGGGAACUGCUGAGUAGGAGAAGUGUCUCAAACCUCUUACGCAGCAGUUUUCGUGAAAGUCUUGACCAGUUGAUACAAUCAUAUGUUGAAAGGCAGGGUCAUGCUCAUGUUGAGUGGGAGCUGCAAGAAACAACCCCUUCUUCUUCGUCAACAGAACAGGACCUGGAGCAGCAGAGAAGUGAUCAGAUUGUUGGUCCGGAGGACAAUGUCAAUAGUUCACUUAACCCGCCUUUACCACCAACUCCUCCCCCACUCCCUCUAUGGGAUCGUCACUCACGUCAUCCAAAUUGGUCACAAAAUGACAUAAAUAAUCAGCGCGCAGGAACUGUGCAUUCAUUUUCAGGACACACCCGCUUUCCCUUAGCUGAUGAGUGGGAUAGUAUUAGUGACUUGAGAAUUGACAUGGUUAGGCUACAUCAAAGAAUGAAUAAUAUGCAGAGAAUGCUAGAGGCCUGUAUGGAUAUGCAGCUUGAGUUGCAACGCUCAAUAAGACAAGAAGUUUCCGCAGCCCUUAAUCGCUCAACUGGUUCAUCAGGAGUUCAUGACCAUGUUUCACCAGACGAUAAAUCUAAAUGGGAAUGUGUGAGGAAUGGACUUUGCUGUAUAUGCUGCGAAGGCACUAUUGAUUCUUUGUUGUACAGAUGUGGCCACAUGUGCACAUGUUCAAAAUGUGCAAAUGAAUUACUCGAUAGUAGGAAAAAGUGUCCAAUGUGUCGAGCACCAGUGGUAGAAGUAAUACGUGCUUAUUCUAUAUAAUAAUAAUUUUACAUUAGAGGGUCACAUAACUAAAUACAGGAUCUCAGCAAGUUUUAUCUCCUGGCGUAUCCAGGUAUUCUUUUGUUUUUAAUUUUCUUUUUCUGAUUCUUGCCAUGUUCACUGUUCUUAUGUUGAGUGCAUUGAGGGAAACACCUAAUGUUUUUUUUGAAGCAACACCUGAUGGUUCUAUUUUGGGACCAAGAUUCUGAACUGAAUAAAAAGUGUAUUUUAUUUGGUUUGGGUGUUUAGCGGUAUACACCUUUAAAUGAUUGUAUAGAUUAGAUAAAAUAGGAUCAAUAUAUAUGCAGACUUUACUUGACAAAUGACUAAUGAUGUACACGUUGGGUCAUAUACUAUCUUGAGAAACUCUGGUAUCAAUAAAUAAUUGACAUUUUUUGUUGUAUA